AUGAGAACAGCCAUGAGAACAGCCAUGAGAACAGCCAUGAGAACAGCCACGAGAACAGCCAUGAGAACAGCCAUGAGAACAGCCAUGAGAACAGCCAUGAGAACAGCCAUGAGAACAGCCAUGAGAACAGCCAUGAGAACAGCCAUGAGAACAGCCAUGAGAACAGCCAUGAGAACAGCCAUGAGAACAGCCAUGAGAACAGCCAUGAGAACAGCCAUGAGAACAGCCAUGAGAACAGCCAUGAGAACAGCCAUGAGAACAGCCAUGAGAACAGCCAUGAGAACAGCCAUGAGAACAGCCAUGAGAACAGCCAUGAGAACAGCCAUGAGAACAGCCAUGAGAACAGCCAUGAGAACAGCCACGAGAACAGCCACGAGAACAGCCACGAGAACAGCCACGAGAACAGCCAUGAGAACCGCCACGAGAACAGCCACGAGAACAGCCACGAGAACAGCCAUGAGAACAGCCACGAGAACAGCCAUGAGAACAGCCAUGAGAACAGCCACGAGAACAGCCACGAGAACAGCCACGAGAACAGCCAUGAGAACAGCCAUGAGAACAGCCAUGAGAACAGCCAUGAGAACAGCCAUGAGAACAGCCACGAGAACAGCCACGAGAACAGCCACGAGAACAGCCACGAGAACAGCCAUGAGAACAGCCAUGAGAACAGCCAGGAGAACAGCCACGAGAACAGCCACGAGAACAGCCACGAGAACAGCCAUGAGAACAGCCAUGAGAACAGCCACGAGAACAGCCACGAGAACAGCCACGAGAACAGCCACGAGAACAGCCAUGAGAACAGCCACGAGAACAGCCACGAGAACAGCCACGAGAACAGCCAUGAGAACAGCCAUGAGAACAGCCAUGAGAACAGCCAUGAGAACAGCCAUGAGAACAGCCAUGAGAACAGCCAUGAGAACAGCCAUGAGAACAGCCACGAGAACAGCCAUGAGAACAGCCACGAGAACAGCCACGAGAACAGCCAUGAGAACAGCCAUGAGAACAGCCAUGAGAACAGCCACGAGAACAGCCACGAGAACAGCCACGAGAACAGCCAUGAGAACAGCCAUGAGAACAGCCAUGAGAACAGCCAUGAGAACAGCCAUGAGAACAGCCAUGAGAACAGCCAUGAGAACAGCCAUGAGAACAGCCAUGAGAACAGCCAUGAGAACAGCCAUGAGAACAGCCAUGAGAACAGCCAUGAGAACAGCCAUGAGAACAGCCAUGAGAACAGCCAUGAGAACAGCCAUGAGAACAGCCAUGAGAACAGCCAUGAGAACAGCCAUGAGAACAGCCAUGAGAACAGCCAUGAGAACAGCCAUGAGAACAGCCAAGAGAAUAGCCAUGAGAACAGCCACGAGAACAGCCACGAGAACAGCCACGAGAAUAGCCACGAGAACAGCCACGAGAACAGCCAUGAGAAUAGCCAUGAGAACAGCCACGAGAACAGCCACGAGCACAGCCACGAGAACAGCCACGAGCACAGCCAUGAGAACAGCCAUGAGAACAGCCACGAGAACAGCCAUGAGAACAGCCACGAGAACAGCCACGAGAACAGCCACGAGAACAGCCACGAGAACAGCCACGAGAACAGCCACGAGAACAGCCAGGAGAACAGCCACGAGAACAGCCACGAGAACAGCCACGAGAACGGCCACGAGAACGGCCACGAGAACGGCCACGAGAACGGCCACGAGAACGGCCACGAGAACAGCCACGAGAACAGCCACGAGAACAGCCACAAGAACAGCCAUGAGAACAGCCAUGAGAACAGCCAUGAGAACAGCCAUGAGAACAGCCAUGAGAACAGCCACGAGAACAGCCACGAGAACAGCCACGAGAACAGCCACGAGAACAGCCACGAGAACAGCCACGAGAACAGCCAUGAGAACAGCCAGGAGAACAGCCACGAGAACAGCCACGAGAACAGCCACGAGAACAGCCACGAGAACAGCCACGAGAACAGCCAUGAGAACAGCCAUGAGAACAGCCAUGAGAACAGCCAUGAGAACAGCCAUGAGAACAGCCAUGAGAACAGCCAUGAGAACAGCCAUGAGAACAGCCACGAGAACAGCCAUGAGAACAGCCAUGAGAACAGCCAUGAGAACAGCCAUGAGAACAGCCAUGAGAACAGCCACGAGAACAGCCACGAGAACAGCCAUGAGAACAGCCAUGAGAACAGCCAUGAGAACAGCCAUGAGAACAGCCAUGAGAACAGCCACGAGAACAGCCACGAGAACAGCCACGAGAACAGCCACGAGAACAGCCACGAGAACAGCCAUGAGAACAGCCAUGAGAACAGCCAUGAGAACAGCCAUGAGAACAGCCAUGAGAACAGCCAUGAGAACAGCCAUGAGAACAGCCAUGAGAACAGCCAUGAGAACAGCCAUGAGAACAGCCAUGAGAACAGCCAUGAGAACAGCCAUGAGAACAGCCAUGAGAACAGCCAUGAGAACAGCCAUGAGAACAGCCAUGAGAACAGCCAUGAGAACAGCAACCAGAACAGCCACGAGAACAGCAACCAGAACAGCAACGAGAACAGCCACGAGAACAGCCACGAGAACAGCCACGAGAACAGCCACGAGAACAGCCAUGAGAACAGCCACGAGAACAGCCACGAGAACAGCCACGAGAACAGCCACGAGAACAGCCACGAGAACAGCCACGAGAACAGCCAUGAGAACAGCCACGAGAACAGCCACGAGAACAGCCACGAGAACAGCCACGAGAACAGCCACGAGAACAGCCACGAGAACAGCCACGAGAACAGCCACGAGAACAGCCAUGAGAACAGCCAUGAGAACAGCCAUGAGAACAGCCACGAGAACAGCCACGAGAACAGCCACGAGAACAGCCACGAGAACAGCCACGAGAACAGCCACGAGAACAGCCACGAGAACAGCCAUGAGAACAGCCAUGAGAACAGCCAUGAGAACAGCCAUGAGAACAGCCAUAACAGCCACGAGAACAGCCACGAGAACAGCCACGAGAACAGCCACGAGAACAGCCACGAGAACAGCCACGAGAACAGCCACGAGAACAGCCACGAGAACAGCCACGAGAACAGCCACGAGAACAGCCACGAGAACAGCCACGAGAACAGCCACGAGAACAGCCACGAGAACAGCCACGAGAACAGCCACGAGAACAGCCACGAGAACAGCCAUGAGAACAGCCAUGAGAACAGCCAUGAGAACAGCCACGAGAACAGCCACGAGAACAGCCACGAGAACAGCCACGAGAACAGCCACGAGAACAGCCACGAGAACAGCCACGAGAACAGCCAUGAGAACAGCCAUGAGAACAGCCAUGAGAACAGCCAUGAGAACAGCCAUGAGAACAGCCAUGAGAACAGCCAUGAGAACAGCCAUGAGAACAGCCAUGAGAACAGCCAUGAGAACAGCCAUGAGAACAGCCAUGAGAACAGCCAUGAGAACAGCCAUGAGAACAGCCAUGAGAACAGCCAUGAGAACAGCCAUGAGAACAGCCAUGAGAACAGCCAUGAGAACAGCCAUGAGAACAGCCAUGAGAACAGCCAAGAGAAUAGCCAUGAGAACAGCCACGAGAACAGCCACGAGAACAGCCACGAGAAUAGCCACGAGAACAGCCAUGAGAACAGCCAUGAGAAUAGCCAUGAGAACAGCCACGAGAACAGCCACGAGCACAGCCAUGAGAACAGCCAUGAGAACAGCCAUGAGAACAGCCAUGAGAACAGCCAUGAGAACAGCCAUGAGAACAGCCAUGAGAACAGCCAUGAGAACAGCCAUGAGAACAGCCAUGAGAACAGCCAUGAGAGCAGCCAUGAGAACAGCCAUGAGAACAGCCAUGAGAACAGCCAUGAGAACAGCCAUGAGAACAGCCAUGAGAACAGCCACGAGAACAGCCACGAGAACAGCCACGAGAACAGCCAUGAGAAUAGCCACGAGAACAGCCAUGAGAACAGCCAUGAGAAUAGCCAUGAGAACAGCCAAGAGAACAGCCACGAGAACAGCCACGAGAACAGCCAUGAGAAUAGCCAUGAGAACAGCCAUGAGAACAGCCAUGAGAAUAGCCACGAGAACAGCCAAGAGAACAGCCACGAGAACAGCCAAGAGAACAGCCACGAGAACAGCCACGAGAACAGCCACGAGAACAGCCACGAGAACCGCCACGAGAACAGCCACGAGAACCGCCACGAGAACAGCCACGAGAACAGCCAUGAGAACAGCCACGAGAACAGCCAUGAGAACAGCCACGAGAACAGCCAUGAGAACAGCCAUGAGAACAGCCAUGAGAACAGCCAUGAGAACAGCCAUGAGAACAGCCAUGAGAACAGCCACGAGAACAGCCAUGAGAACAGCCACGAGAACAGCCACGAGAACAGCCACGAGAACAGCCACGAGAACAGCCACGAGAACAGCCAUGAGAACAGCCAUGAGAACAGCCAUGAGAACAGCCACGAGAACAGCCAUGAGAACAGCCACGAGAACAGCCAUGAGAACAGCCAUGAGAACAGCCAUGAGAACAGCCAUGAGAACAGCCAUGAGAACAGCCAUGAGAACAGCCAUGAGAACAGCCACGAGAACAGCCAUGAGAACAGCCAUGAGAACAGCCACGAGAACAGCCAUGAGAACAGCCAUGAGAACAGCCAUGAGAACAGCCAUGAGAACAGCCAUGAGAACAGCCAUGAGAACAGCCAUGAGAACAGCCAUGAGAACAGCCAUGAGAACAGCCAUGAGAACAGCCAUGAGAACAGCCAUGAGAACAGCCAUGAGAACAGCCAUGAGAACAGCCAUGAGAACAGCCAUGAGAACAGCCAUGAGAACAGCCAUGAGAACAGCCACGAGAACAGCCAUGAGAACAGCCAUGAGAACAGCCAUGAGAACAGCCAUGAGAACAGCCAUGAGAACAGCCACGAGAACAGCCACGAGAACAGCCACGAGAACAGCCACGAGAACAGCCAUGAGAACAGCCAUGAGAACUGCCAUGAGAACAGCCAUGAGAACAGCCAUGAGAACAGCCAUGAGAACAGCCAUGAGAACCGCCAUGAGAACCGCCAUGAGAACAGCCAUGAGAACAGCCAUGAGAACGGCCAUGAGAACGGCCAUGAGAACGGCCAUGAGAACGGCCAUGAGAACGGCCAUGAGAACAGCCAUGAGAACAGCCAUGAGAACAGCCAUGAGAACAGCCAUGAGAACAGCCAUGAGAACAGCCAUGAGAACAGCCACGAGAACAGCCACGAGAACAGCCACGAGAACAGCCACGAGAACAGCCACGAGAACAGCCACGAGAACAGCCACGAGAACAGCCAUGAGAACAGCCAUGAGAACAGCCACGAGAACAGCCACGAGAACAGCCACGAGAACAGCCACGAGAACAGCCAUGAGAACAGCCACGAGAACAGCCACGAGAACAGCCACGAGAACAGCCACGAGAACAGCCACGAGAACAGCCAUGAGAACAGCCAUGAGAGCAGCCAUGAGAACAGCCACGAGAACAGCCACGAGAACAGCCAUGAGAACAGCCAUGAGAACAGCCAUGAGAACAGCCAUGAGAACAGCCAUGAGAACAGCCAUGAGAACAGCCAUGAGAACAGCCAUGAGAACAGCCAUGAGAACAGCCAUGAGAACAGCCAUGAGAACAGCCAUGAGAACAGCAUGA